UAGAUGUCUUGAUUUCUAAUUUAGACUUACGAAUCUAAAAAAUCUAUGAAACAUUUUCUUAAAUUAGUUUAUAUAUUUGAAUUCUGGAGUGUUUACAUUCGCAAAAUACUCAAAUUGUUCGAAGCCAUGGGGAAGUUACUUUUAGGGUUUUAAGAUAUUAUUGUGCUUUUUUUUUUUAAUACGAAAGGAAUAAAUUUUAUUGAACUUAAGUGUUUGAAACUAACAGAGACUCAUCAGCUGUGAUAGCUGGGAUUAACCAAGAUGGCAGAUGAUGUUGCUAUUCUUGGGUGCUAGAAAACGAUAAAGCCUUUUUCGCAAUAGAGAUAUUAUUGUGCUGAUUGCUUUAGAUUCUUUAGUGUUUCCGUUAUAUAUUUCUUUCAGAUGUAUGAAACUGAAGUGAUUAGGUCAAGAUACAAUUCACAUACAUGGCUUUGUAUAAAGAAAGAGCAACCUUGGUACUGCAUGGAGCUAUGAGUGAUGAGUCAGUUUCAGGUGGCGGAAAUGGAGGCUUGUCUACAAAAAGCUAAUUUUAUAAUACCAAGCUUGGAAGUUAUUCGCUCCAUUGCAGAGAAGUUUAGUGCAUCUGCAGAGCGAUCAGGAAAGAUGAUUGUGCAUCAGAAGCAGGUGUUGAAUUGGUUCCAAAAUAGGAGAUAUGCACAAAAAGCAAAAACAAUGAAGCCUUCCGAGAACUUGAGCGUGACCCCCAAAUCCCGUGAGGAUUUAGUCCCUUUAAGGAAUGUGCCUCAUAUUAUGCCGGUUCCUUCAGGAAGAAGUACUUCAGAUAGUAAUGCUUUAAUGGAGUUUGAAGCCAGAUCAUCGAGGGAUGGUGCAUGGUAUGAUGUGGCGGCUUUUAUCUCUCAUAGGAUGUUUGAAACAGGUGAUCCGGAAGUUCGAGUCCGAUUUGCAGGAUUUGGGGCAGAAGAGGAUGAAUGGAUCAAUGUGCGCAAGCAUGUGAGACAGCGAUCUCUCCCAUGUGAAGCAUCCGAAUGUGUUGCAGUGCUUGCUGGAGAUCUAAUACUUUGCUUUCAGGAAGGUAAAGAUCAGGCUCUCUACUAUGACGCACAUGUGCUUGAUGCGCAAAGGCGGAGACAUGAUGUACGAGGAUGUCGAUGUAGGUUUCUUGUGCGUUAUGAUCAUGAUCAGGCCGAGGAAAUAGUGCAAUUGAGGAAGGUGUGUCGUCGACCAGAAACUGAUUACAGAUUGAGAUUACUCCAUAGCGCAAGGGAGUUUGUGCGAGUGGACCCAAAGAGGGAAAUGGGAGAGAAAACUACCAGUGCUGUUAACUCUUGUUCAAGGAAUUAUUCAAAUUCUGAACCUGUGAAGUCACAUCCGGCAGAAGUAACUGCAGAUCGUAAGGUUAAAGAGUCUCCCGUCGGUGUAACUGCUGAAACUAUUGGGACAGCAGUGGCAAUAAAAGUUGAAACAGGUACUAAAUGUAAUGACAACAUUGGAAAUCCCGAUAACCAAAUGCCUUCAGGAGGCGAUGCUGUAACGGCAUCGGCCAUCACUAGUGUCAGGAACAACCCCAACACCUCUACCAAUUCUGGCAAUAGUGAGAAUGACAAAACAGCAUCGGCCAACACUAGUGCCAGCAACAAUCCCAACACAAUUACCACUUCUGGCAGUAGUGAGAAUGAUGAAAUGGCAGUGGCCACCAUUAGUGCCAGCAGCAACCCCAACACGGUUACCACUUCUGGCAAUGAUUAAAUGAUGGGGCAAGAAAAAUAAACAGAUACCAUUGUGAGGUGGAGUUAUCCUUCCAGAAGAAGUUAUUUGGCAUUGAAAUGGUGUUGGGUGAUCUUUAUGUAGAAUUGCAUCUGUACAAGGAUCUUUUUCUUCUUGUGGGUGUGUUGGUCUUUUAACCUAAUUCGGAACCUUAGAUAAAAACAUAUUGCUUCGCACCCAAACUGCAGUGCUGUAUUGGAACUUUUAGGGAGGAUGAAGUGUAGAUUGAGUCCUUGAUGACUGGUUAAAAUUGGCCAAAAGGGUUGUAUAUAUUCUUAUUGACGCCUCUAUUUUUCUUUUCAUUUU